AUGUUCCACAACGUUACCAGCGUGGAACCUCUCCUCAGGUUGUCUCAUUACUCUUACAUGCCUGCCGAUGAAGUCGAAACAGAGUCUGGACUCAAGCUAAAGAAUCAAAGAGUAUAUCAAAAGAAGCUACAGAGACUAAGGGGCUAUCAAAAGAAGCUACAGAGACUAAGAGUCUAUCAAAAGAAGCUACAGAGACUAAGGGGCUAUCAAAAGAAGCUACAGAGACUAAGAGGCUAUCAAAAGAAGCUACAGAGACUAAGGGGCUAUCAAAAGAAGAUACAGAGACUAAGAGGCUAUCAAAAGAAGCUACAGAGACUAAGAGUCUAUCAAAAGAAGCUACAGAGACUAAGGGGCUAUCAAAAGAAGCUACAGAGACUAAGAGGCUAUCAAAAGAAGCUACAGAGACUAAGAGUCUAUCAAAAGAAGCUACAAAGACUAAGGGGCUAUCAAAAGAAGCUACAGAGACUAAGAGGCUAUCAAAAGAAGCUACAGAGACUAAGGGGCUACCAAAGGAAGAUACAGAGACUAAGAGGCUAUCAAAAGAAGCUACAGAGACUAAGAGUCUAUCAAAAGAAGCUACAGAGACUAAGGGGCUAUCAAAAGAAGAUACAGAGACUAAGAGUCUACCAAAAGAAGCUACAGAGACUAAGGGGCUAUCAAAAGAAGAUACAGAGACUAAGAAGCUAUCAAAAGAAGCUACAGAGACUAAGGGGCUACCAAAAGAAGAUACAGAGACUAAGAGUCUAUCAAAAGAAGAUACAGAGACUAAGGGGCUAUCAAAAGAAGCUACAGAGACUAAGAGGCUAUCAAAAGAAGCUACAGAGGGUAAGGGGCUACCAAAAGAAGAUACAGAGACUAAGAGUAUAUCAAAAGAAGCUACAGAGACUAACGGGCUAUCAAAAGAAGCUACAGAGACUAAGAGGCUAUCAAAAGAAGCUACAGCGACUAAGAGGCUAUCAAAAGAAGCUACAGAGAGUAAGGAGUUAUCAAAAGAAGAUACAGAGACUAGGAGGCUAUCAAAAGAAGUUAAAGAGAAUAAGGUGGCUACCAAAAGAAGCUACAGAGACUAAGAGGCUAUCAAAAGAAGUUACAGAUAAUAAGAGUCUAUCAAAGAAGCUACAGAAUCAAAGAGUAUAUCAAAAGAAGCUACAGAGACUAAGGGGCUAUCAAAAGAAUCUACAGAGACUAAGAGGCUAUCAAAAGAAGAUACAGAGACUAAGAGGCUAUCACAAAAAGCUACAGAGACUAUGUGGUUAUCAAAAGAAUCUACAGUGA